UCAGCACCCUACGCCUUUCACACCCUAUUCAUUCAUUAGGAAUGGAAUAAUAGCUAGGUGUUGUUUUUUUUACCCCUUUUCUUUUCAUGAUUCAGUUCCCAAUUUCAUGUGAGACAAGAGGAUGUGAGCUUUGGCAAGUCGAGAUCCCAAUACAUACCUCAAUCAGCCUCUCCCAUUCCUAUGCUAUAAAGGCCAGCCAAGUUGCUGUCUCAUAGUCUCACUUGAGCAUUUAAUAAACAAACAGAGAAAGAGAGAGAGAGAGAGGCAGAAGAGAUGGUGUCUAGGCUGCAAAGAAGAAUUUCAUUGCGCAGAAAGCUUCACAUUCUAAGAACACUCACCUGCUCCAAAUCUGUGAAAAGAAGCUCUAUUAUUGCAGAUGCUAUUCUCUAUAUUUACAAGCUCAAACUCAAGUUGGAAGCAAUCAAAAGAGAACUUUCUAACUUAGAUGCAAUCAAAAGAGAAUACUUGAGCCUGGUGAAGCAGGUCCAAUACUUACCCAAGGUGAAGGUAGACAAAGUUGGGAAAGGAUUUCUGGUAAAGGUGAUUUCCCAGAAGGGAGGAGAUAAUCUGAUUCCAAUACUAGAGGUCUGUGAAGAGAUGGGCCUAAUUGUGUUGCAUGCUAGGGUGUCACGCAAGUUCUACUUUUCCAUGGAAGCCAUUGUUAUAGCUGAAGAAGAACGUGGUCUAGAUGUGAAAGAUGUUACUCAAGCUGUUGUUGAGGCUAUAGAAAGGCAUGUAGAAGGAGCAGACAGAAGCAUAUAUGUUCCUGUAGUACUUAACUAAUGAGACUCCAAGUGAUCAAGUUGUUUGAAGACAUUGUUCUGUUGCAGAAGCAUCUCCUGUUGUCACUUUCUUUUAAAAAAGAAAAGAACUGAAUUUCCCAUUUGUUCUUUUACUCGUAGUUGCAUUAUUUCUUGUAUCAUCAACUCCCACACCAUGUGCCCAUAUCAUAAUGAAGAAAUAUUGAUGAAACAGAAAUAGGAAUAUACCAAAGAGGGAUUACAUAUACUCUGAUCUAA